GUGUCCUUGAAGGGGAGUAAGAAUUUUUGGCCAGAUGUUGACACCUUGACAGUUCAACAAUUAAAGCCUUCAGUUUCAAAUGAAGAUAGCUCGUCAUCUCGCUGAGACUUUAAAGAAGCAUAUUUUUUUCUGCAGUCGAUGUGAUGGCUAGGAAUGGCCAACCUUUGCAAAUAGUUUUCGCAUUCUUUGUUGUUCUACAAGUUUGUGAGGGAGAACGUUAUUGCAAGACUGAAAACUGUGGCGAAGAGGCAAACAAACAUGAGGAAUACUCCAUAUCGCAAACAGUUAUAGAGGAAAGUCUGUUUAUGAUUUCUCCAGAAGAUUUUUACUAUAAUUUCUUGGUGAAACAUAGGCCGUUUGUUAUGAGGAGGGUGGCAAGAAACUGGCCAGCGUAUACGGUAGGAAAGCAAAUAUUUAUUAAUUUUAAGCAAAUAAAUCAAAAUGAUAAUGACUUCAACCCUAAGCAUGGUAUUAUCGAAACUUGGUGGCAAAGAAACUGUCAAAAAAACGUAACUUUCAAAAACUACACAUAGACGACUGACACAAUUUUAAUGAGAAAUUUUUCAAGAGGGUCAUAAAAACUUUGCAGAAGUGUGUAGCUCACUCUAACGCCAUGGAGAUUAGGAUAGGGAAACUUUCUUCUUUGGGGGUUACUUGUUGGAAAGGGAAAAAAAAAACAAACAAAACAUGCAAACUAGUAAAAAUUUCUAGAUCUCUGGACUAUCUUUCCUCACCCUUUAACUCACAGAAGUGAUUAACAUGUAACUUCUCCCCAUAAUAGCUACAUAUUAUCCUGCAAACAUGUAAUGAGAAUACUCCAACCUAUCAAGUAGAAGUUGUAAUCUUGAUCUAAUACCAAAUUCUUCUAACUUAUUACAAGGAAUUGUGUAGCAGCUAGAGGGAGAAGUUAAAUAUCAGAUCUUGGGUAGUAAUAUUAGUUAAUCAUGCAAACUCACUUACAAAAUGUAUCCUAAAUUUGGAGCAGAGAGAGUUGUUCCUAGUUAUUCUGUCAAGAACAUGGUAACAACAUCUUUUUUUUCUUUUACCUGUAUUCCAAAAUUAGCACCUCCUGUAUGUAUUCUUAAUUGGACCAUUAGCUUUCACAAUAACUAGUACGCAACCAAUCAUUAAUUAAAAAUUGGAAUGAAUAAUGUCAAAGCCCGAGUGUGAAUUGAUCCUUUUUUCUUUCCCACAUCUAGACCAAAUGCUUCACUAUACAAAAUUUUUCAAGGAGCAAAGUAUUGGUGAUCUAUAAACUUUCCUAAGAGAUGUAAUUAAAUUUUCUCCCUGUUUCUCAUUAUGUUUAGGUAUGGACAGAAACCUACCUGAUCCAAUCUUUAACUGAAGACUUGCAAGUAUCAGUUAUAAAAGGACUACAGAAUUUCCCAUUUGGUGGUGAAAGUAACAUGCCAGUCAAAGAAUUCUUCUCAAGAUAUUCACAGGAAGAUCUAACACUUUGUGAUGAACCAACAAUGGAGAUGCUCAAUGAUAUAAGAACUCCCCUUUGCGCUCAGUGUCAUCAGUUCAUGGAGAAGAUGACAGUCAAGUUUUGGUUUCACCAUCGUCACAAGAAAGCAUCAACAUCUUUAUUUUUCCAACCAGACGAACAGCUGCUAACUGUUUUAAAUGGAAGUGCUACAGUAAUAUUAAUUUCACCUUUGCACUCAGAAAAACUUCCUUUCGAUGGAGAUGAAUUGUUGGCAAUUUCCAGUUUUGAUACAGGUUGUCAUAAAUUUAUAAGUCAAACCAAAUUAAUUUUUGUGUUGUCUUGAAAUCAUUACUUCUAACAUUUUUAUAUACUUUUUCAGAACGGAUGUACAUAUACCUCUCUGCUGUCUGUUCAUAAUUAACAAAGGGAAAUUUAAAAUAGAUUUGCACUUAAAUUAAACAUGUUCCAUUUGAUUUAAGAAUUUUCCACUUGAUUUAUGCAUUUGUUAAAUGUAGACAGUUGCCAAGCACAACAAAUUUGCUACAUUAGCACUAGAGUUGUGAUUUGACAGAGUAGGUGAAUUGUCCCCUUCCCCUUUCCCAGUCUCCCUUGUGCUCAUUUCUUUUUUUUAAUUUUUCCCCCAGAUACUCUCUCAUCUAGAGGCAUUCCACACUUGACUGUCGACCUUGUUAAGGGUGACAUGUUAUACAUACCUCAAAUGUGGUGGCAACAUGUAACGUUUUCAACAGAGUAUAACCUAUUUGUACAGUUUCUAUGGCCAUCAAAAACUUCCAUAACUUCUGGAAAUCUACAAUCUUCAACCCAAAUAAGAGGUAAGAAAUAAUGUAAAUUUUUCAACAUGGUGCUGUCAGAGGUAACAUUUCGAGUGCUGUUAAUUGAAGAACUGUAACCUGGUGAAUAGUAAUUGGUUUUAUUAGACUAGAAUAUACCACACAGAAACCAAACAAUCAAUUUAUUUCUGUCAAAUGAAUAAAAUGGAAAAUAGUUAGAAAUCAUUAGUAAACUUAAUGUGCGAUUUUGUCACUUGAAAUGCAUACAGUUGAGCAGUACAUUUAUAUUUUGUACUUUCUAAUUACUUCCAAAGUAACCAAUUGGUGCAUGCAAUUGGAAAAAAUCCUUAUUUAAUAAUUAUUUGUUUUAAUGUUAGACUUUCAAAUUAUAACUAAAAGUUUUUCUGCUAGUUGACUUUGUAUGCAAAUGAUCACUAUCUUUGUCCUUGUAAUGUGUUAGAUAGCAAUUACUGUGGUUGUUUAUUUUGACAUUUGAUAAUAUCUGAUACAAAGUGAACAGAACUUUAAAUUCAACUAGUGGAUGAUACAUAUUGUAUUUCCUUGGAUAAGCACCUGGGCCCUCAUUUAAAAUUUCUGCUGAAAGGAGAGGCACUUGAUGAUUGGAUGAGGGUGCUUAAUUGAUUGGGGGAGCUGUUCUGAUUCUUCUGUAGUUGAAUCUUAAAACGUUAUAAAGAAAUUGGAAAUAGGAACAAGUUUCCCUGCUAUUCCUAUUAUUUAAGAAAGUUAGGGAGGAGGGGGGGGCACUUGUUUCACAUUGCAGCCUUGGGGGGUGGGCACUUAUUCGGGGAAGGGCAUUUAUUAGGGCAUGAGCACUUAUUUGAGGAAAUGCAGUAUCUGUUUCCUCAUACUUAUAAAAAGAUAAAAUGUGUAUCUAAGUGGGACCAUUUAUUACUAUCCAACUGCACAAAGUGGAGUACAAAUAACACAUGAAUAGAGUGCAAAUAUCUUGUGAUAUUGUACAGUUAUUUGGAAAGUUGGAUAUUUUGUAUUGUAAAAAACCUGUUUAACCAGUCAGCUGCAUGUGCUACACUUCUCUAUCCAAUUGCUUUUCCUGCCUUAUCAGAAAUGAGCAGAAAGACUUAGCAGAAAAAAAAGCAGUUGGAUAAUAAAUAUUAACUUAUUUAUGUUUCAGUGUAGUAUUGCUGAGUAAUUUUACUUGAAGUUUGUGUUUUGACUUGCCCUACAGGGCUUGUCAAAAUACAGCACAACUCGUAAAUACUCAGCAAUACUACACACUAAAAUGUUUAAUAAGAUAUAUAUAUAUCCUUCAUAUGUAAGCUCCUCAUUUUAUUUUUCUAUGCAUGGUGAUGAAGGGGAUCAUCUGCCAAGUAUACCAGCAUCAUUAAGAAAUUUACUCAGAAAGUAUGAAGAGAGGUUUUUGAUGACAGAUGUGAGACCACUGGUUUGUUUAGACCAAGACAAGAGGAUGAGUGAAUAUACAUUUGAAACAGGAAAAAUGUCACCAGAUGAAUACGAAGCUAUCCAUAAUGGUCCUGACUUCACCGAGGUAAUGAAAUUUGUACUUGUGUGAUUGCCAUGACCAAGCAUGAUGUAAAGAUUGUUCAAUAUUUACCUGAAAUUGAUGGACUAAGAUAAAUUUGAAUCAAAUAAAAACCAACCAAACAAACAAAAACAUUCAAGGCAAAUCCCCAUUCAUCUUGACCUCCCACUUGAUCAGUGAAGGAUUUAUUUCAUAGCAAAAAGAUGAAAAAAAGAAUCUACCAAAAAAGUGGGUAAAGAGUUAACAACACUUGUUAUGGUUUUCUUAAUUUUGAUAGACUUGAGUGUGAUUCUAUCAUUUUAAAAGCUGCUGGAAAAAUUUUAUUUCAUAACUGAAAAAUUUUUCUAGAAGUUAUGAAGGAUGUCAACAGGCUAAAAGCAGUUAUUUUUCAUGCUGAACCAAAGUUGGCUCAUGUUGCCUACAACUAUAGUCAUUUUAAUAUGUUAAGAUAAUACAUGUUAUCAUAUCUGCUUUUUAUCUCACAGGAAGAACCAUGCAACUUUGAUGCAAGUAAUCUACAAAGCCCUUGCCAUUUUGCAACCUGUUUUGAAGAUCCAGAAUCACCAAUUUGUAUUCGAUACAUUCUAGACUAUUGCAGCCACUGGGAAGAUCGUGGCUGUGCCAUUGAACUACCUCAGUUGUUAAACAAGGUGGAAAAGAGUUUAAUGAAGCAGAUUACUUCCUUGAAAUCCUCCUACCAAUAGGCGCUUUAUUGAUUUUGAUGACAUAUAAAUUUUAGUGACA